GUGAGCCGGAGAAGCUUGGGAACCUGUAGGGAGGAGCAAGAAGGCCUAGUGGCACCGGGUGUGUGCAGGGAGGAAGCUCUUUCCAAGCAACGAGCUAAGAAAAAGUCAGCUCCAGCAUGGACAUGGAGUAUGAGAAGUGCCAGUGCCACGUCGAAGAGAACCAGAACGCCAUCCUCUAUACCCUCCUAAGCCAGAACUUGAGCCCCCACCCAGGUAGCCGCGGCCCUUCCCAGCAGCGCUGCCUGUGCCCCAAGCGCCGCACCGUCUGCCUCCAGACCCCUCAAGCCACCUGCCAAGCCGCCUCGGAUGUCCUGGUGAAGACCAUCAGCUUCAUGAAGAACCUGCCUGCCUUCCAGCUGCUGCCGCGGGAAGAUCAGCUCCUGCUGCUGGGCAGCUGCUGGGCUCCCCUCUUCCUGCUGGGCCUGGUCCAGGAGAUGGUGACUUUUGAAGUGAUCGAGACCCCAGCCCCCAGCAUGCUCAAAAGGAUACUGCUCGAUGGCCAAUGCAAGAGGCAGGAGCUGCAGAGGACGCAGCCCACCCUGGCCAGCGUACAGCGGCUUCAGUGUUGCUUGAACUCAUUCUGGAGCCUGGACCUCAGCCCUAAGGAGUAUGCCUAUCUGAAGGGUGCCAUCCUCUUCAAUCCUGAUGUUCCUGGUCUGAAGGCUUCCCCUUACAUUGAAGGCCUCCAGCGCGAAGCCCAGAGAGCACUCCAAGAAGUCAUGGCACUUCUCCACCUGAAGGACCAAGGCCGCUUUGCCCGAGUCCUGCUGAUUUCCUCUUCCUUGAGAUCCAUCCCACCUGCCCUCAUUACCGAUCUUUUCUUUCAUCCAGUCAUUGGCAACGCGGACAUUCUUGAGCUGCUUACAGAAAUGCUGAGAGUGUAUCGGAAGCUGCUUUAUGAAGUCCAUUUCCUUCAAGACAUGGAGCAAGACAUAACUGGAGCCUUCUAAUGUCUUUGUGUAAAUCUGCUUACUUU